AUGUCCGCAUAUGAUUAUAUGGCAGAAAUACAGAAGCAUAAACAGUCUGAUGUAAUGAGAUACUUACUCAGAAUAAGAUGCUGGGAGUACAGACAAAGGAAUACAAUCCAUAGAGCAACCACAUCCACUAGACCAGAUAAAGCAAGAAAACUGGGUUACAUUAAGAAGAGGGGUAUCGUUAUAUACAGAGUAAGAAUAAGAAGAGGAGGAAGAAGAAGAAACGUAAAGAAAGGGAAUGUCUCAGGUAAGCCAGUAAACCAAGGAAUCUACCAACAGAAACAGAAGAAGAGUCUCCAUGCACUCGCUGAAAUAAAGGUCGGUAACAAACUGGCCAGUCUAAGGAUACUUAACUCAUACUGGGUCGGACAGGAUGCGACCUACAAGCACUACGAGGUGAUCCUGGUUGACCCUAUGGUACAGAAUAUACGUACAGACAGUAGAAUCAACUGGAUAUGCAGUAAUAAGCAUAAGAGAAGGGAGUGCAGAGGGUUAACAACUGCCACUAAGAAGAGCAGAGGACUCGGUCGGGGUACACGGUAUAAUAAGACCAAGGGAGGAUCGAGACAGGCUGCUUGGAGGAAGAGUAACACAGUUUCCCUGCUUAGGUACAGGUAA